GUCCACGGGAAGUCCCGAGGAGGGGAAUGUAGAAGUCGUAUCAGAUGUGUCAUUUAUGAAUUAUUGUGUGCAUUUGAGAGAUAUUUAAUAGACGUUUGUCUUCAUUAUUUGCACGAUGGAGGGCUCCAAGUCCUCCAGCACCACCAUGCAGGUCAGCUUUGUGUGUCAGCGAUGCAGCCAGCCCCUCAAGCUGGACACGUCCUUCAACGUCCUCGACCGUGUCACCAUCCAGGAACUCAUUGCUCCGUUGGUAACAGUGACUCCCAGCAAACAAACUGACGGCAGUGAUGGAGAGACUGCACCAGAGGAGACCUUCAUGGAAACUAAGCACGAUGGUGUGUCAAGAAAAUACAUCCCGCCUGCACGGAUGAUGUCCACAGAGAGCGCCAACAGCUUUACUCUGAUAGGGGAAGCAUCAGAUGGUGGCACAAUGGAAAAUCUGAGCAGGAGGCUGAAGGUGACCAGUGACCUUUUUGACAUCAUGUCUGGUCAGACGGAUGUUGAUCACCCGCUGUGUGAGGAAUGCACCGACACCUUGCUGGACCACCUGGACACACAGCUUAACAUCACUGAGAAUGAAUGCCAGAAUUACAAGCAAUGUUUGGAGCUGCUGUCCCACCUGCAGGUGGAGGAAGAGGAGACCCUACUGGCGGAGUUGCAUCAUCUGAAGGAAGAGGAGGAGGGCCUAGUCCAGGAACUGGAGAAGGUGGAGGAGCAGAGGGCUGCUGUGGCCCAGGAUCUGGCACAAGGCAGGAGCCACUCCCAGCAGCUAAAUGUGGAGGAGCUCCAGUACCAGAAGGAAUACAGUGAGUUUAAGCGGCAGCAGCUAGAGCUGGAUGAUGAGCUGAAGAGCAUUGACAAUCAGAUGCGCUACUGUCAGCUCCAGCUCGACCGCCUCAAGAAGACCAAUGUCUUUAACGCCACUUUCCACAUCUGGCACAGCGGUCAGUUUGGUACCAUCAACAACUUCCGUCUGGGUCGGCUCCCUAGCGUCCCUGUCGAAUGGAAUGAGAUCAACGCCGCCUGGGGGCAGACGGUGCUGCUGCUGCACGCCCUGGCCAACAAGAUGGGCCUGCGUUUCCAAAGAUACCGGCUAGUACCAUAUGGAAAUCACUCUUACUUGGAGUCACUCACUGACAAGUCCAAGGAGCUGCCACUCUACUGCUCAGGUGGCCUGCGGUUUUUCUGGGACAAUAAGUUUGACCAUGCUAUGGUGGCCUUUCUGGACUGUGUUCAGCAGUUCAAAGAAGAAGUGGAGAAGGGAGACACAGGAUUCUGCCUGCCGUACAGGAUGGACGUGGAGAAGGGGAAGAUUGAGGACACUGGUGGCAGUGGUGGUUCCUACUCCAUCAAGACCCAGUUCAACUCUGAGGAGCAGUGGACCAAGGCCCUGAAGUUCAUGCUGACCAACCUCAAAUGGGGCCUUGCCUGGGUCUCCUCACAGUUCUACAGCCGAUAGUCCUACCAGAGGAUGCCUUGGAAUAUAAGCUAUAGGUUAACUCUCCUGUAGUUAAAUCCCCUUUGAAAUCUGGACCUUGUGUUUUUAUUUUUCUUUGGAUCCCUAGUCCAUGGAGUGUGGAUAGGUUUGUCACACAUUUUUCUCAAGCCUAAGACUCCUCUUUUAGAUGUGGGAGCAGAAAGUUUGAAGAAUGUCUGGACUUUAUUCAAGGCAGUAUCUAAAUUGAUAAGUUAAACGUGUGGCUAGAUUUCAGCCAUCUUGAAUUCAAGCUGUGCAACGUGUUACGCACAGAUUUUUGAUAUGUUCAGAAAAGUUCAAAAAAGGGGAUGACUUGAGCACAGGUACUAUGCUGCCAAGUGCAGAUCUAGAAGUGGAUUCAAAAUUGAGGAACGUUUAAAACAGAUUUAUGAAGUGACAAAGAGCCAGGAAAAGGCUUUAGUUAAAAUCUCACCAUCUUCUCUGGAAGCAUGUAAGAUGUGACGACUACAAAUAUACAUCUGGUUUUGUUUGCUUUUGUAACUGUUUGCCUCAAUCCUUUUUUCUGUUCCUGUUUUAUCUCUGGUGCUGAGCAGCUAACAAAGCAAAAUUCUUUUUCAUGUUAACUGAGUGAGCAGUUUCAGUUACCCCCCAAUCACACAUAUAUACUGUAGAAAAGACUUAUUGGUACACUGGUUUUGUUGAGUGCCAAUAGAAUACAGAUUGUCAUCUCAACAAAACACUACACCAGCUGGGUUGGUUUCCCGAAAUAGUUAUUUCCUCGUUGGUUAAAGGUGUGAGAAUUGGUGAAAUAUGCUUUUGUGGUAUUUGGCUGAAUGUGAAGCUUGCCCUCUUGGCACUCUGACACAUGGUUUGAAAUCACUGUACAAGGGGUCCUUAUGAAGUGCACACCCUUAUCACUGUGUAAUUCCCCGGUUCUUCCUACAAUGAGAAAAUUGUGCCGAUUACUUGGUGAAUGUAAUGAGUUGAUUUUAUGAUGUAAGCUAUUUGAGUAUAGACUCAUAACUGAGGUUACCAAAGGAUGGAGUGGCAUUGUUUAGUAUUCCAAGAGUAUGUCCAUGUACUUCAACAGCCUUGGUUACAAUUCCCAUUUGUUGUGGUAUCAUAAGCUUGUUUGAUAUAAAUUGCAUGAUUUGCAAUAAUUGUCUUAUUCAAUGACAUGUAUAUUGAGCCUAAGAAAGCAAACCACAAAAUUAACCAAAUGUUGGUUUUAAUGAUGUCUUAUUCAGUUCUGUUGAGGCUCUUACCCCUCCUCACAACUCAUUCGUCAAACCCCCUUGUAAAGUUAACAAAAGCAUUAAAAGGGGGAGAAAUCUCAUGACAAAAUAUGGACUGAACUGUUGAGAAGUCAACUUCCAGUUAUCAAAAAAAAAAUUAAUCUAAGUCAAAACAAGGCAAUCUUUGUAGAACUGCCCCUCUUUUGUAUAAAAGUCUAUUCUGAAUUUCUAAUGGUGCCAUAUCAACAAGGCAAGCUUUGAACUUUGGUCAUCACCCUUCCCCAUCUGUAUGAGCCCCAUUUUACAACUCGGAGGGGGAAACAUCUUCAAAAAUUAAUCAUUCCACUACUGAGAAAAAUAGUCGACAGAUGAUAUAUUUCAAGCAAUAUGGGAUGAAAAUUCAGCAAUGCAUAUUUCUCAUAAAAUGUCCACAGAAUGGAGGCAGUUGAUCUCCUAUAAAUGGCACAACCCUUAGCCUGUCAGUUGUACAACAUCAGAAAGCUGAUUUUUCUACACAUUUUGUAUAACAUAUUCCUCAACAUGAGCAAAUGUGCUUGUGGGUGGGUGGGGGGGUCCGUUUUUUGUGGAGUCUGAAUUUGUGUUAGUGCAUGCUUAUGGUCAAAUCUUUGGGUUCUACUGAGCCCUCAGCCAAAGACUGGCUUUUCAUAAGUAGACCACAUAGGGAUUGGGCACAUACACCAUCUCUCCCCCAUAGCGUCCCAUCAGUUUGGCUCCAUCUGUGUGGCCCUGUUACCCCUUUUCAGCUCCACUCAAAAUCCCACCAUGCUUCCUCCUAUCCUCAGCUGAAAGAGCCAAGGGGGCGCUUCAUCCCAGUGUGCAACAGCUCUGUCCCCACUGGUGGCUCCUUCUCAGGUCUCCUCUUUGGA